UACAUCUUCUCCCUCAGUCGUGUCGCUAGUGCUGUACCUAAUUACAUCUCCUCCCUCCAGUCGUAUUGCUAGUGCUGUACCUAAUGGGGUGUACUUGGUCAAGUUAAUUAAGAAUAAAACACUGUCACCGACACUCUGAGAUGUCGCUUAAACUCACCAUCAAGAAUGCCACGAACCUCGUCAACCACGAGUCGCUGGGUGGACUCAGUGACCCCUACGUCACCGUCAGCUUCCAAGGUGUGAAGAAGAAGACGAGUGUGCAGAAAAGUACUCUAACCCCAGAGUGGAAUGAGGAGCUGGAGUGGGACGUGUCGGAGAAGCCCCCUCGUCCUGACGAGACCAUGGAGGUUGAAGUCAAAGACUACGAGAGGCUCGGCUGGAACAAGCUGAUGGGGAAGGCCAGCCUGCCGCUGCGCAACCUCCUGCAGGUGCCCGGCGCCUCGGGGACGCUGGAGCUGCAGCAGCCGCUGCUGGACGCGGGCGACCUGCCCACCCCGGGGCUCCUGAACAUGGCGGUGUGCUACACCCCCGCAGUUGCCGGCGACGUCCCGCCUACGGCAGCAGCGUCCCCACCUACCACGUCCCCGGCGUCCCCGCACCAGGUCACGGCAGGAGGGGCGCCGCCCCUGCAGAAGGGCUCCUCCGACGCCGGCAAGCCCACCGCCCUUGCCAACGUCCCCACCAAGUUUCAGGUGCUGUCUGUACCGUCAGGUGCUGUCUGUACCGUCAGGUGCUGUCUGUACCGUCAGGUGCUGUCUAUACCGUCAGGUGCUGUCUGUACCGUCAGGUGCUGUCUGUACCGUCAGGUGCUGGGUGCUGUCUGUACCGUCAGGGUGCUGAAGGGCAGUCAGGCGCCGUGGUUCAACCAGCUCUUCUUCUUCACCGCCGAGUGCCUGCCCAGCGAACUCUUGGAGAGCUUCCUCGAGUUCAAGGUGACGGGGGGCAUGUGGCGUCAUUGCGAGCUCGGCCUGGUGUACGGGCAGCCUGAACACGCACUCGUCAACCGCUGGCUGGUGCUCACCCAUCCUGAGGAGGAGACGCCCACCGUGCAGGGGUACCUGAGGGUGAGCGUGGCAGUGCUAGGGCCAGGACAGAGCUGCCCCCCCAUGCCCGUGACGCAAUCCGACGCUGACGACGUCGAGGGCAACCUGCUGUGGGCGGCUGGCGUCCACCUCCAGCCUGCCGCCCUCAGCCUCGCCGUCUACUGCGCCCACGACCUGCCCAGGAUGGACUCCGGCACGAUGCAGACGCUGAAGGAGGUGCUGGGCAUCGGGAAGGCGUCCAAGGAGCUCGUAGACCCAUACCUGGUGGCGGGCUACGCAGGGCGGGAGGUGCAGACCAAAGUCCUCUACUGCAACGACAGCCCCGAGUUCCGGCAGACCCUCAGCCUGGGCUUCCUCUUCCCCUCCAUGUGCAACACCCUCAGACUUACCCUCAUGGACUGGGACCGCGUGGGCGACGAUGACGUCAUCGGUACGGCGGUCAUCCCCGUCAACGCGAUCUCGGCGUCGGGGGAGGACGGUUACCUACCCACGUUCGGUCCUUCGUAUGUAAAUUUCUACGGUGCCCAGAGGGAGUGGGAAGUGUGGGAGUCGUCGCAGGACUCGGCACGGAACAAGGGGACUCUCGAGGGAGUAUCCUUCAGAGGUCGAGUGCUGGUCUCCCUCCACACUUCAGUGGGGGCUUAUCCCUCAUCUCCCCUCACCAACAUGUCACUAGAAGACUUCCACAAAGUUCGGCACCACCGCGCCACGCGGCAGUUCUCGCUGCUGGCUCACCUCACGCACGUGUCGCUGCUGACGGAGGCCAGCAAGCCCCUGCAGGUCGAGGUUUCCAUCGGACACUUCGGCAACAAGCUGGAGAACUCGCAACUGCCGUCGCCCUCCACGACGCAUCCAGCCAAUCCUGUCUUCGACGGAUGCAAUUUACGUUUACGCCAGGCGCUGGAGGAAGAUCUGCAGAGCCUGCAGCAGCAGAUGCGCUGCAAUAGAAACAGAGACAACAAGCUGGUCGCGGUGCUGCUCAAGGAGAGUCUGCAGAGAGCGAUUACUUUCUGCAGGGCGCCCCUGCCGUUACCAGACCCUCUGCGCAACAGUGACACGUCUCUCGACGUUCACAUGCGCCUUCGUCGGGAGCGUCAGUUGGCAAAACUGGCGGCGAGCUGCGAAGAGACUUUGCAGCGCCUCCUGCAGCGCGAAGAGGCAGAAGCUGGUCACCCACGACAGGAAGAUAAGGAAAUGCUCCUCGUGAGGCUUACCGACGAGAGCCUUAACCAAGGGGAGGUGCUGGAGGAGGAGAUCCUGGAACAGUCCCUGCAGCAGUUACAGGACGCUCGUGACGUCCUCACACUUCUCGCGCAGGAGCCGCAGUCGAGCAUCCCUGACGUGUUCAUGUGGCUGGUGAGUGGGACGAAGCGCCUGGCGUACGUCAGGGUGCCUGCCAGGGACGUGCUGCACUCACGGGAGCCUUCGUCAGCGGGACGGCGCAGUGGCGCCUUCUACUGCUACCCCGUCACCUGUCCCAGCACUGGGCAAACGGCUGGUCUGGUUCGUGCGUCUCUUUGGUUAGGACGAACCGAAGAGGUUCAGGACUGGUGGAACCAGCGACCUGAUCUCCAGCUGACGGUCUACGCCGAGACCUAUGAGAACCAGGUCACCUCCGUCGGUUCUGGCAAGUGGACCAGCAAGGGACCGCUCAUGAACCGACCUCCCUUCUCCGACGCCGACGGCCUGGUGGCACUUCAGAAAAACUCCAUUUCGUGUCCUGAGGGCUGGCACUUCCAGGGGGACUGGUUCAUCGCUCCAGAUCCCAGCAUCAAAUUCAACCUGGACGCGGGCCACGCGGUGUUCUCGGAGGAGGUGUUCGAGCAGCAGGUGCGGGUGCCUGCUGGAGGCUGGGUGGAUGCCCCCACACACUGGGCGGACGCCAGGGGCGACCCGUCCACACCCAGGGACGACAUUCAGUGCCCCAGCGGCUGGACGUGGCGGGACUUGUGGACGACAGACGUGCAGCGCGCAGUGGACUGUGAGGGUUGGGAGUACACCGUGCAGAAGGGCGUGGUCGGCUGGUGCCCCCAGCAGAAGAUGUACCACGUCCUGCGGCGCCGGCGCUGGUACCGGGAGCGUCAUCGUACCGGCAACGUUGAAAAGCCAGCAGAGGGGUCGGUGGAGGGGUGGGAGUACAGUUCGCUGUUCGGCCGCCGCUUCCACCAGCGAGAGCGACGUGUUGACGUGGUGAGACGACGACGCUGGCGUCGCAAGGUGGUCCCCUCGUCCCCCGCCGCCGUCAUACACGUCCCCAGGCUGCUCGUCAAGAGCGAGUCCGAUGGUGCGCCCCAGCUACAGGCUUGCCCUCGGCAGUACGUGGUGAGCUCCCAACACCAGCUGUACCAACUGCGGGCACACCUCUACCAGGCACGCGACCUGGCAGCUGGUGACAAGACUGGCCUUUCAGACCCGUUCGCGGUGGUGAGUUUCUGCGAUGGGACGCAGCAGACGGAGCGCGCGUCGGCAACGCUCUGUCCCACGUGGGACGAGACCCUCAUCUUCGACAAGGUUCCCAUCGCGGGACACCUGCUCAGAAAGGACCUGCAGGGCGUCCCAGGUCGUCCCCCAGCGGUAGUUGUGCACGUCUUCGACUGGGACGCCAGGGGAGCUCCUGAGGCGCUGGGUGUGGCGGUGUGUGAACCCACCGUGCAGGACCCCCAGUGUGGCUACACACCCACACCCCUGCGCUGGCACCCACUCGUCCCACACGCUGCUCACAAGGGGGAUGGUGAAGGACAAGGACAGCUGCUGGCCUCCUUCGAACUCCUGCUGGGGGGCCUGGACGACGCUCCCCCUACCAGGGGCAACGUCUACAUGGUGCCCUUUGAGGUCCGGCCUCGUUUGCAGAAGACCAGGAUCGAGGUGCUAUGUUGGGGGGUGCGCAACAUGACGACGUUCGAGCUGCAGGCCGUCACGCGUCCGUCCGUGGAGUUUGAGUGCGGGGGGCAGCGCGUGACGAGCGGCGUCAUGACCAACCUCAGGACCAACCCUAACUUCGACUCCCCCCACCUCUGCUUCGACGUCGAGCUGCCGCGGGAGGAGGUCUACAUGCCGCCGCUGACGCUGCGGGUGCUCGACCACCGCUCCUUCGGCAGCAAACCCGUCGUGGCCACCGCCGUCGUCGCCGACCUCAGCCGCUAUGCCGUCCACCCGCCCGCCCGCCGGGAGAAGUGGGCGAGUGUUGUUCGCACAGCUGACACUGACCUCGCGUUACGGAAGAGCCCCGGAGCAGACGACGACCUUCCUCCCUUGACGCUCAGCAGACAGCAGAGAGGAUUUGAGGUGUGUGCUCCAUACAGCUGCUACAGCAGCUGCUCCAUACAGCUGCUACAACAGCUGCUCCUUACAGUUGCUACAACAGCUGCUCCAUACAGCUGCUCCUUACAGCUGCUCCAUACAGCUGCUCCAUACAGCUGCUCCAUACAGCUGCUCCUUACAGCUGCUCCUUACAGCUGCUACAACAGCUGCUACAACAGCUGCUCCUCACAGCUGCUACAACAGCUGCUCCUCACAGCUGCUACAACAGCUGCUACAACAGCUGCUCCUUGCAGCUGCUCCUUACAGCUGCUCCUUACAGCUGCUCCUUACAGCUGCUCCUUACAGCUGCUACAACAGCUGCUACAACAGCUGCUCCUUACAGCUGCUCCUUACAGCUGCUCCUUACAGCUGCUCCUUACAGCUGCUCCUUACAGCUGCUCCUUACAGCUGCUCCUUACAGCUGCUCCUUACAGCUGCUCCUUACAGCUGCUCCUUACAGCUGCUCCUUACAGUUCCACUGAAGGGUCCAUCCACAGGUACGAGAUGCUGGAGGUGCUGAACGGAGAACUGGAAAAAGAUCCUCGGUUCUCAGGACUCACUGACCUCAUCUCUACCAUCCCCCUCACUCGGGGCAAGGGCAAGGACGCUCUCCAAGUCGGCGAGUUCAAGGGUACGUUCCGGAUAUAUCCUCUGGGUACCGGAAGUGGCAGCCCCGAGCCCCCCAAGCUGCUCUCCUCCUUUCCUUCGCCUUCCCCCCGUGACGUCACCGCCAGGGUGUACGUGGUGCUUGCCAAGGACCUCGCCCCUAAAGACGCGGCAGGAACGUCGGAUCCCUACGUCGUCGUCAAGCUCGGCAAGCAGACGCGCAGCAGCGUCAAGGACUAUCGCCCCAACACCCUCUGCCCCAUCUUCGGGGAAGUGUUUGAAGUGAGCGGUUGCCUGCCGGUGAACAAAGACCUGCUCGUGCAAGUGUGGGACAAAGACUUGACGUCGGCAGACGACCUCAUCGGCGAGACCAGCAUCGACCUGGAGAACCGCUACCUCACCCGCCACCGCGCCACCCUGGGGCUCGCCAGGCAGUACCACGUGAGUGGCAGUAAUCGCUGGCGCGAUCCUCAGCUCCCCUCAGUCAUCCUUACGGAGUUCGCAGGACUCGAACACCUGCACUUGCAGGAGCAGCUCGACCCUCCCGCCGUGACCCUCGGCGACACCACCUACACCCUCGACGACUUUGAACCACAGGACGUGGCUCUCCCCUCCACCGUUGGCUGUGCACGUGAGCGUCUGGCGCUGCACGUGCUGCACGCGGCCUUCCAUCUCGUGCCCGAGCACGUGGAGACGCGCACCCUUCACCACCCGUCCCGACCUGGCCUCCCUCAGGGACAGAUCCUCCUGUGGGUGGACCUCUUCCCCUCCGCCUCCCACAUUCCUCCACCAGUGGACAUCACCCCGCGGCAGCCUCACAAAUACGAGGUGCGGGUUGUGAUCUACAACGUGCACGAUGUGCCGCUGCAAGAGACCAACAUCGUCGGGGAACAAAUGUCCGACGUAUACGUGAAGGGCUGGCUGCAGGGCACCGAACAUGUGCUCAAGACAGACAUCCAUUACAGAUGUUUGGACGGAGAGGCUAACUUCAACUGGAGGUUCGUGCUGCCGCUGGAGUACCUGGAGGCGGAGGAGUGCCUGGUGCUAAAGCGCAAGUCCCACUUCCUAGCCCUCGACGAGACCGAGGAGCGCCGCCCCCCACAACUUACACUGCAGCUCUGGGACAGCGACCUCAUCUUGCGUGAUGACUACCUAAGUGAGAUGACCCUGAACUUGUGCCGGCUCCCUAAGCCGUACCGCAACCUGGCCGACGUCCGCCUACGGCCUGACGUUGAUAUUCCAGCCAGUUCUAGUGACGGCCUCUCAACCACCAUCUUGAUGGCACCCGCUGACGAGGCGCCCCCUCUCGUCAAUCUCUUCCAAGUGAAGCGCGUCUUCGGCUACUUCCCCUUCACUAGAAACGUCGACGGCAAAGCCCAAAUCGCCGGUUGUUUGGAGGCCGAAAUCGAAGUGUUGUCGGAGGAGGAGGCCAAGCUGCGUCCUGCCGGCUUGGGAAGAGCAGACCCCAACAUCAACCCUGAACUCCCCGAACCAAAUCGCCCGAGCACUUCUUUCUUCUGGCUGUCGUCGCCUUGGAAGUCCUUCAAGUUCGUAGUGUGGAAGAAACACAAGUGGCACUUCAUCAGCUUCCUAGUCAUCUUCUUCCUCUUCCUCUUCGCCUUCCUUAUGAUCUACUCCCUGCCGGCAGCCACAAUCGACUACAUGUUCUCGUGAAGCAAUGAUGUCUACGAAUACAAGUUCGUGGGAAGAACCAAGUCAUCGCCAUAUGUUCACACAUGAAUUACGAUCAGUCUUGCAGUCUCAUUAUGCCGCGGUUCAUAUUUGAUUUGUUUUUUAUUGAGAUUUACAUAUAUUAUUUUUUUUCUAAUUUCUAUUAUUGUUAUCGUAUGUUUUUUUCCUGCUAAUUCAUCGCCGCAGUUAUCUUUUAAAUGUUUACCAUCAAAAUAAAUAUUGCAUUGUGCGUUAUUUUAUAACAGUUACGAAACAUUUUAUUUCAUACACUUUAUGGUCCUUUGGAUGCCAGCGUCCAAUUAAGUAGUAAAGCUUUUAAUUUAAACCAAUGUAUCCUUUAAUUAGGUACCAACAAUCCGUUUUGAUCGAGAAUAAAAAUGUGAUCA